GGUCAAAGGUGGUCCAUGUAACGCGUCAUAAAUGGCGAGACGGUUUGUCAAUCUGUGUUUUCCUUGGAAUUAGAGUCCUUCACCCUUGUAGGAAACCAAAGAAGGAGAUGUCUCUACGCUGCGGGAUCGUCGUCCGCACCGCGAGGCCCCAGGUAUUUGGAAAAUAUGUAUACAAUCCAGUCCGAGCAGUUAGUUCCUUGCUAGAUAAAAAAAAAGAAUUUUUACAGAAUGGACCAGACCUUCAAGAUUUUGUAUCUGGUGAUCUCGCAGACAAGAGCACCUGGGAGGAAUAUAAAGGAAACUUAAAACGCCAGAAAGGAGAAAGGUUAAGACUACCUCCAUGGCUAAAGACAGAAAUUCCCAUGGGGAAAAAUUACAAUAAACUGAAAAAUACUUUGCGGAAUUUAAAUCUCCAUACAGUGUGUGAGGAAGCACGCUGUCCCAAUAUUGGAGAGUGUUGGGGAGGGGGAGAAUAUGCCACUGCCACAGCCACAAUCAUGUUGAUGGGUGAUACAUGUACAAGAGGUUGCAGAUUUUGUUCUGUUAAAACUGCCAGAAAGCCACCUCCAGUGGAUGCCAAUGAGCCCUACAAUACUGCAAAGGCAAUUGCAGAGUGGGGCCUGGAUUAUGUCGUUCUGACGUCUGUGGAUCGAGAUGAUAUGCCUGAUGGAGGAGCUGAGCACUUUGCAAAGACUGUAUCAUACUUAAAGGAAAGGAAUCCAAAAAUUCUUGUAGAAUGUCUCACCCCGGAUUUCCGAGGAGAUCUGAAAGCCAUAGAAAAAGUCGCUCUGUCAGGAUUAGAUGUAUACGCACAUAACGUAGAAACAGUUCCAGAAUUACAGAGGAAAGUUCGUGAUCCCAGAGCCAAUUUCGACCAGUCUCUGCGUGUACUGAAGCACGCCAAGGAGGUGCGGCCUGAUGUUAUUUCUAAAACAUCUAUAAUGUUGGGUUUAGGCGAGAAUGAUGAGCAAGUAUAUGCAACAAUGAAAGCUCUUCGCGAGGCAGAUGUGGACUGUUUGACUUUAGGACAAUAUAUGCAGCCAACAAAGCGCCACCUUAAGGUUGAAGAAUACAUUACUCCUGAAAAGUUCAAAUACUGGGAAAAAGUAGGAAAUGAACUUGGAUUUCAUUAUACUGCAAGUGGCCCCCUGGUGCGUUCUUCAUAUAAAGCAGGUGAAUUUUUCCUGAAAAAUUUAGUGGCUAAAAGAAAAACAAAAGCCGUCUAACACUUAUCAAGACACUCAAGAUUACAAGAAUUUUAAAAAUUUGAUUCCAUUUGCUAACAAAAGUGGUAGCAGAAUGCCUGUACUUCACUGGAUAAACCCAAAUUUUUUGUUCUAAGAAAAAUGUCAAUAAGCUCUGCAUAUUUAAUUAUAGUUAUUUAUUUGUCUUUUAGCAUAUCUUUUUGUCCCAGUAAACAAUUGCCUGCUAUGAUGUAAUUAUAAAAUAGUUUACUGUUACAGUAUAAUUUUAAAAAUACAUUAAAAACAGCUAGAAAACCUUAGGCCUCUGUUACCUGUACAUCAUUUCAUUUCUCAUAAAUGACAUACUGUGAUGAAACAAUCAGUAUAGAUUGAAACUAUGAUCAGAUUAUUUAUAAUUAACGUGUUCUUCACAUUACAUUAUAACAUCAUUGGAAUAAUUUACAAAGGCUUAAGAGUUUGGGUGUUGGUUUUUACAAUCAUAUGGGUACAUUAGACUUGCAGAAGAUUUGUGCAUUGAUUACCUGUUUAGGGCCUCUGUGAAACCAAGACCACGAUGCUGUCCAAGGCAGGGAAAUGUAACCUAAGUAUAGUGAGCUACAUCUAAUAAAACGCCUUGGCUGGUGUGGCUCUGCAUUGAGUGCCAGCCUGCAAACUAAAGGAUUGGCUGGUUCAGUUCCCAGUCAGGGCACAUGUCUGGGUUGCAGGCCAGGUCCCCAGUAGGGGGCAUGCAAGAGGCAACUACAUAUUGAUAUUUCUUUCCCUUCCCCUCUCUCUAAAAUCUUUUAAAAAAGAAGAAGAAUAGUGUGCUAUGUCUGCAGGCACUAUUCCUUUUAGUCCUCACAUCACUCUGGUGAGGUGGUUGUAGAUAUAAUAGUGACCUGAGUAAGGAAUUUCCUUCCUAAGUACCAAGAACUUUUGACUCUGAAUCCUGUCUUCUACAUCUCACAAAGGAAGUUUUUAGGUGGCUAUAUUAUAAAAUAUGUAAUGUGAAUAGCCAGUUCUGGUUUGAAUUUUAAAAUAUGUGAACUAGUUUUAUAAAGAUAAGGCAUAACUUCGGAAAUUAGUUACAUUUUAAUUUAACUCGCAAAAGUUGUAUAUACUUUUGAUUCACUUUCAAAUUUAAACAUCUCUAACAACCAUCCUCCCUACAAUCUAUUCUUUCACAGGAAUAAUAGAUUAGACUGAUGUUUCCUUAUUUUGCACAA